CGGUUAUCGGCACGCGGUUAAGCCAAUGGGGUUGCGGAGGGGAGCGCGGCGUCUCCCUGCGGAGCGUUUGGUUUCGGCGGGGGACCUCCUCGGGGACCGUCGGGGCAGCCCGGCUGCGGGGGGCUCCUGGGCGCCGGGCCGCGCCGCCGCGGUCAUGGCUAAAGGGAAGAACAUGCCCAAGGCCAGGGCGGGCGGCGCGGAGGAGGCGAGCCCCGACAGCGCCGAGAGGAAGGGCCCCGGCCGCCCCCGGGCCGGCGGGGAGAAUGUGUUUAUUGGUCAAUCCAAAAUCUACAGCUACCUGAAUCCUAACAAAACUCCUGGUGCUCGCCCCCCGCUUCAAGAGGAGAACUCUGUCAUGUAUCACGAGGUGAAAUGUCAGGGCAAAACACUAAAUGAAACCUACAGGAAAGGUGAUGAAAAAAAGAGUGGUGGCAAUAUAAUUGAAGGUGCUAUGAAACCAGAAGACCAGAAGGAUAAAGAAGGUGGGUGCAAUACUUCGGUGCCCUCCUCUGAUCAAAACCAAGAAACUGUAGAAACUCAAAAGACGCCCCUGCCUUCAGACUGUGCUGAUGAGGCCAAUGCAAAGCCAGCUCAGAAAAAGAUGGUUAAAGCAAAACGUGGACCAAGGAGAAAAACGCAAGGAAGAACACCAAAUCGAAAAGUGACAGAUUAUUACCCAGUUAGAAGAAGUUCCAGGAAGAGCAAAUCUGAAUUGGAGACUGAGGAGAGGAGGAAAAUAGAUGAGCUAAUUACAAGUGGGAAGGAAGAAGGAAUGAAGAUUGAUUACAUCGAUGGCAAAGGGAGAGGAGUAAUCGCUACUAAGCAUUUUAAUCGAGGAGAAUUUGUAGUUGAAUAUCAUGGGGAUCUCAUAGAGAUCACUGAUGCUAAAAAGCGAGAAGCUGUGUAUGCUCAAGAUCCAUCCACAGGCUGCUAUAUGUACUAUUUUCAGUACCUCAGCAAAACGUACUGUGUUGAUGCUACAAAAGAAACUAACCGCCUGGGAAGACUGAUUAAUCACAGCAAAUGUGGCAAUUGUCAAACAAAGCUUCAUGACAUUGAUGGUGUGCCUCAUCUCAUAUUGAUAGCUUCCAGAGACAUUAAAGCAGGUGAAGAACUGUUGUACGACUAUGGAGACAGAAGCAAAGCUUCCAUUGAAGCUCAUCCAUGGCUGAAACACUAAUACUUCAUCUUUGUUUGGGGUUUUGUUUUUUUUGGUUGGUUUUUUUUUUUGGACUGAGUGCUCUACAAGGAGUCAGUGGAUUUUUUUUUUUUUUUUCUUUCCUGUCCUCACUUCCCUCAGCUUUCUUAGUGGACUGCUUAUGGUGUUCUGAGCUCCUGAAAAACUUCCUUUUGCUUUGCAGUAUUUAAAUACCUAUUACAGUUUUCCAGGCAGGCUUGAGUAAUUGAUCUUAGAUUGCCAAACCUUUUAUAUCAUAAAAGGAAACCCUCCCUAAAAUUUGAAUACUUCUGCGUAGUGACCAGUGCCACUUGAGCAUGCAAAGACUUGCACAGAAACUUAAUCACUUGGGUUGUUCUUCUGCUUUUGCAAUGAAAUCUCAUGCUCCACUUUGUGGGGUGAUGACCUUGGCAUUAGCUUUAUGACAGUAGAUGUACUUCUAUACUCUGACUAGUACAUCCAAUGGCUUGACUGCUUGUCAGACUGCUUUUUACAACCCAGUGCUGACAGGCUUCUCUGAGAUGGAUGCUACUAUCGUUCUCAAAUAAUUUGUGGUAGGGAUCCAUUUUUUCCAGUGUCGUAUCUCAUGUUGGCAAUGAACUUUAAAUGCACUGGUGCUGAGGGAAAUGGAUGGUCAAAUUGGCUGCUUUCUUCAGAGAAAUGACUCCAAGCCAAAUGAGGAUGGAUUUUCAUAGACUGGGUUGAUACUGAUUACAAAUGUGAAGAUAGAACUUCACAGUGAGAAUCAAUGUUUGACAUUUACUUAUUUUCUAAAAUUUAAGAAGGUACCUUUUUAUAGUUGAUGGCUGAUCCUUGGAGGUGUCUCCCAGAGGAUUUUAAAGAAGAAGAAGAAAAAGCUCUCUCCAAAAAUUUUUUUAUUAUCUUCCUAUGCUAAUUAGCCACAUCAGAAGCUAUUUAUUUACUGUGAAUGCUUGAAGUAGAGCAUAGCGGUUCCAAAAAUAGGAGUCGACUUCAUAUGCAGCUUCAAACUGUAAUGAUGGAGUUCAUGCAAUGAAGAAAGUAGAUUCCUUAUUGCCUGGUCCUGUAGGUCUGUCCAGCAUGGUCUGGUCCCACCGUCUUAAAUGGGAGUUGAGCGCUUAGCGUCUUGCGGAUGUUUGUAACUUUACUGUUGGAGAACCAAAUCUGUGAUAUAGGCGGGCAAUACAAUGCAGGUCCUUUAUGUUAAAGAUGAAUUCUUACCAGUUGGAAUUUUUGCCAAGGCAGGCUUGGCAUGUGUGUAGAUGAAAAUGGCUGUGAGCCAUCAGCCACGCUCGCUGCUGGAAGAUGUCAGCAAGGGAUCUGUGGCUCUGUUAAUGUCUCUUAUUCCUCAUGUCUUGAAGGCUGCUGCUGUUCCAGCUAAUGCCUUCUAGGACAAUCUUACAUGCUUGCCUAUGUGAUAGGUCAAAUAGCAACAACAUCCUGGUUGUAUGCUCCAGCAGCAAGAGAGGUGGCUUAGUGAUGUAUUUUUUAAAUUAAAAACUUGAAGACAAUGUCUCUGUAAAAUAAAGAAUAUAUUUAUUAUUGAUGAAGUGGCUGCUAUAGUACCUGUCUCCAUUGCAGAUCAUUAGCAUUUUGAAAGAAAGCUGUGAAAAUCAUUAGCCAUUAAAUGCUUUAUAUUAUUUACCACUUAACACAAGGCAAGCUCAUCAGAGACAGCCUGUGUAUUUUCACCAUUUCUGAAGAAUUAACUGGAGACCUGUUACCUUACAUGUACUGAGUUACAGGUAAGCUUCUUUGACUUAUUUGAGUUGACACUGAUUGUUCUCUGGUCUCAGUAAUGGAGACUAUGGCAGUGUACAGUAUCCUGUUUUACUAGAGCACUUCCCUUAAGUCAAAAUUGGAAUAAAAUGCUUCUUUUUGUUUUUUUUUUUUAAUUUAAACAUUUGCUUGUUCUCUAUCAGGUCAAAUAGCUUAAAACUUCUGUUCUUCAGCAUCACUUUUGUAAAUGAGAAAGGGGGAAGAUCUCUUCCCUAUUCUACAUAAAAAGAAAAUUGUCUUUUCUGAAAUGCUUAACUGGUAAUCAAGUAGCACUGCAUCGGAAGAUGGUAAUAAAGCUGAUGUUGCACUGA